UCCGAACCUGCUUUUAACGGCUCUCUUCGCACUGCGUUUCCCUCUUCGCUUCUUUCGUCGUCAUCUUCAUCUUCUUCCUCAAUCGCUCGCCUUUCAGAUUUCGCGCGCAGAGAGACACUCGCCUUCGCGUACUCGAACCAGAGCUUCCUUUUAUCUUUUUACCUGUUAUUUUUGGAUCAGUCGCUGCGAGACUGCAACUUUGCACCGGAGAAGAAGCAUGGCCAAGAGGAUUUUGAUUUCCAUCACGUUGCUGCUGGCGGUCGCGCCGGGGACGUGCUGGUGUUGGGCAGACGAUGCCAAGGACGACGCCAAGCACAGAGCUUGGCAGGACGGGACCGACUCCUGGGCCGAUUGGGAGGGAGGUCUUACAACUAAGCAAGACAAAGUGGAAGAUGUAGCUUACGAUAUCGUUGAUAAGGCUGGGCAUGCCGCUUCAAAGGCCACCAGUACAAUGAAAUCUGCCGCAUCGGAUGCCUCGAAAUUUGCUUCUGACAAAGCCGGAGAGGCUGCCAAUUUGGCCUACGGAAAAGCUCAUGACAUAGGGAGUUUUGCUUCGGAGAAAGCCGACCAAGGUAUGAGAAUGGCAUCUGAUAGCGUUGGUGAUGCCAAAGAUUCAAUGGCGGAAGCAAUGGAGUAUGGCAAAAACAAAGCAGCUGGUACUUAUGGCACAACUAAAGACUAUCUGCUCAUGGCUACUGAUAUGGGCUUAGAUAGAGCUAGUGAUAUAUCUGGAGCUGUGGGCCAUGGAAUAGAUAGAGCAGCUGAUCUUUAUGGUCAAGCAAAAGACAAAUUGAAUAACGCCACCGACAUGGCUUCAGAUAGCGUGCAAGGAGAAAUAAGAGAUGGCAGAGAAAGAGCUUCUGAUCUCUACGGUGAAGCUAAGGAGAAGCUGAACAUGGCCACUGAUGUGGCUUCAGAUGGGGCUAGUGAUGCGAGAGAGAGAAUGACAGGUGCAAUGGGGUACGGAAAAGACAAACUAGAGGACGGUUACAACGAGGCAAAGAACAUGGUUUCAGACAAGAUUGGUGAUGCCCAGGAGGCUAUUGAAAGAGCUGUAGGAUAUGGAAAGCAGAAAGUAGCGAAUGCAUAUGACGAGGCAAAGCACGGGGUCAACAGGGCAUCGGACAUGGAUUCGGAGAAAGCUGGUGAUGUGGGGGAUCAAGUGGCUGGUGCAAUGGGCUAUGGGAAAGAUGAAGCAAUGGAUGCAUAUGAUGAAGCUUUUAAGAAGGUCGGGGAAUCGUAUAAAACAGCCAAGGAGGCCAUGACGCAUGAGGCCAAGUCUAAUUAUGAAGCAGCGAAGGAAAGGGCUUCAGAGGCAGCCGGUUAUCUUGGAUCAAAGAUGAGAUCGGACGGCUCGGAGCUGUAAGCCCAAUCAACUAUUGUGACAUUAAUUAGUAACUUUCGGUCAUUUCAUAGUUUUGAUGAUUCAACUAACUAGGUGCGACCUUUAACUCGCCUCAUGGUAAGAUCUUGAGCCUCCAAUGAAAGGAUUUAGUCAAGAGAGUGAUGUAGAUUUACUGUUUCAGUACCACUCUUUGGUUAGCCCUCAUCAUCUGUGUUCAGACGAGAAUAAUAACUCCUGGUUAGUAGAUUUACCUUUUCAUUACCA